AGUUCGAAUGUGAACAGAUCAGGGUUUCAGAGCGCCCCCACAUUGCCAGCACUGGCCAUGAUCGUGUUUGUCAGGUUCAACUCCAGCCAUGGUUUCCCAAUGGAGGUUGAUUCAGAUACCAGCAUCUUCCAGCUGAAGGAGGCGGUUGCUAAGCGACAGGGAGUUCCAGCUGACCAGUUACGUGUGAUUUUUGCAGGCAAGGAGCUCAGGAAUGACUUGACACUGAAGAACUGUGAUCUAUCCCAGCAAAGUAUUGUUCAUAUUAUUCAGAAUCGGCAGAAGAGAGAGAAUGAAAACCCCAGGAUCCUCCUCUCAAGUGAUGGAAGAGAACCCACAAGUCUCAGUCGCGUGGAUCUUAGUACAAACCUUUUACCUUCUGACUCAUUGGGACUAGCUGUGAUUUUGGACAACAGAAUUCCUAUUCCAUCAGAAGCUGCUAAGUACAGCAGUUUUUAUGUUUUCUGCAAAAGCUUCUGCCAAGCCGUGAAACCUGGGAAACUCCGGGUUCGUUGCAAAACAUGCAAACAAGGGACACUGACUUUGGCACGGGAUCCAUCUUCCUGGGAAGAUGUUUUGAUUCCAAACAGCAUCAAUGGUAUUUGUCAUUACCAAAACUGCAGUGGAGAAAUAGCGGAAUUCUACUUUAAAUGUGGAGCACACCCAACCUCUGACAGUGAGACAUCUGUGCCGCUGCACCUCAUUACAACAAAUACUCGGUACAUCUCGUGUAUAACCUGUACAGAUGUUAGGAGUCCUGUGUUAGUCUUCCCAUGCAUUCAUCAUCAUGUCAUUUGCCUGGAUUGUUUUCACCUCUACUGUGUGACUAUGUUGAACAAUCGCCAGUUUGUCCACGAUCCUAUCGUUGGGUAUUCAUUGCCAUGUGUGGCGGGCUGUCCAGAUUCCUUGAUUAAAGAGCUGCACCAUUUCAGAAUUCUUGGAGAGGAGCAGUACAAUCGUUAUCAGUGCUAUGGCGCAGAGAACGUUCUGCAGAUGGGUGGUGUUUUGUGUCCUACUCCAGGAUGCGGAGCUGGCCUGCUUCCUGAAUCAGAAAUGAGGAAAAUAGUGUGUGAGCCAAGAAAUGGACUGGGGUGUGGGUUUGCGUUCUGCCGUGAAUGUAAAGAAGAAUACCAUGAAGGGGAAUGCCAUAGCUUCUUCAAAAGUCCAGGAGCCACAGCUCAAAUGGGAUUUGAAAUUGAUGAGCAUGCUGCCAUGAAAGCUCGUUGGGAAGAUGCAUCCAAAGAAACAAUAAAAACAACAACAAAGCCGUGCCCUAAAUGCCAUGUUCCUGUAGAAAAGGACGGUGGAUGUAUGCAUAUGAAAUGUCCUCAAUCUCAGUGUAAAUUUGAAUGGUGUUGGAAAUGUAGCCUUGAAUGGAACAGAACGUGCAUGGGAGAUCAUUGGUUUGACUGAUCCUUAAGUAAUUCUCUUCGCAAUUCACAGUGAAUGUCACAAUUGCUUCCCACAAUAUCAGAUUCCAAAGAUUUUGUUCAUGCUUUGAAUUUCUCAUCAAUAUUAAUUGGGAGUUAAUUAGGACAUUUGGCUGUUUGCAUUUUUCAUAAGCAUCAAUAUGUAUCUUCAGAUGAUCACAUCUAAGUCCAACAGAGCAAUAAAAAAUAAUAAUCAGAAGGACCAGGCUAUCAUUUGUUAGAUACAUUCUGCUUACAUCAAGACAAUUCUGUAAUGGUGCUUCUUCCCUAGAAAACUAGGUCGUCUUCAACCAGUUUCUGUUUUUAAUUAAUUUCAUCUUUGAAUUGAAAAUGUGUUAUCUAUUAUUGACAAAAUAAAGAACUAUACAAAACUGGGCCUCUCAAGUUGUUCAAACUAUUGUGGUUUAUAUUUAUCAGCAAUGUGAUUUUGUGUUUGAAGGCUUAGAAAUGUUAAUUUUAAUUGCAUAGGUAUAAUCCCAAGUGCAGUUUCAGAUAAACAAUAUAUUACACAACUUGCCUUCUAAAACCAAAACGUUUAUACUACAAUUUUUUUAUAGUGACACAAUUUUUAUUGGCCUAAGUCACAAAUAAAAAUAUAGAUGUUUGUUUUCUUCUUUUGAUCCUUUUGGUAUGUACAUUCUAGAAGAGCUAGAAGAGAUUGGCUAUAAUAUAUACAUUGGAGACUUGGGCAAAGUUUUACUAAGUCAACAUCAAUUUGAGUUCUCUGAUCUUAUUGUCUGAUAAUCACAAUGUAAAUAUUUACAGUUCUACUAGAGUUACGCAAAAUGGUUAUAAAACAUUGAUUUUGAUUUAUUUAUUUUAAUGGAUGUGAAUUUUAGCAUUAUGUUUUUACAAGUCUUUGGUUGAAAUA